UACCCUGACUGAAUCACGGAAGUCGGCCACCAUCCAUGACUAGCCUCUUCAGCAAAGUGUCGGGCGCCGUGGCCGCCAGCGCGCGCAGCGUCUCGCGCGCCACACGCCGCCUCCUGCUGCGAGGACGGCGGUCCCGGCGGAGCAACGGGCACAAGAAGGAGCGACAGGCGGCUGCUGCGGCAACGGACGCUGUGUGCGAGGACGACAGCGGAGCUCUGUGGCGCCGGGAGAUACUGAUGGGGCAGCGAUGCGAGCCACUCAACUUCUCGGGUGCCAUCCACUACGAGAGCCAGGGCCGGCCGAUCUGGCAGCCCCGCCGCAGGGCCAUGGCGGCCAAGAUGCUCUGCCGAUCUUCGGACGUCGUGGACGACGCCGUCGUCGCGUGUCCAACAAAGUUAACUGUACCUGGUAGUUAGUUAAUGCGUGUGAUCCCAUCAUAUAUACUCGUCCGGUGUGGUGACUAGGGAUAUGAAAAUGGCUGU